AUGGCGUAUAUUACGCUGGCCGCUUUGGCCGCUAUUUCGGCUUUUAUCCUCGCUUUACGGGCAUUCACUGUGAAGCCAAAGCUUGCAAAAUUGCCGCCUGGGCCCAAAGGCAGGCCUAUUAUUGGGAAUUUGCUUGAUUUGCCCGCAGAUGGCAAGCAAGAAUGGCAACACUGGCUACAGCACAAGGAGCUUUAUGGUCCUUUAAGCUCCGUCACGGUCCUCGGUCAAACAGUGGUCAUUAUCAACGAUAGAGACCUUGCAGUCCAUAUUCUCGAGAAAAACUCAGUGAAGCAUUCAUCUCGUCCUCGUCUUGUCUUCGCAGACGAACUCUCGGGAUGGGGACAAGCACCCGUGAGUCAAGAUAAUACUCCUCUCCUUCGGUCAUAUCGCCGCGCAAUGGCUCGUAUCAUCGGAUCACAAGCAUCCGCAUCGAAGUUUGAUCAUCUCCUUGUUGUGGAGGCCCGGCGAUUCCUGUGGCGUGUGCUUGAUUCUCCGCAAAACUUUGUUCAGCACAUCAGAACCGCUGCAGGAGCUUUUGUUUUAAAGAUCACGUACGGAUAUGAAAUCGUCCCUCACGGUGCCGACCCACUGGUCAAUUUGGCUGAUCUGGCUCUGGAGCAAUUUUCCAAAGCUGUGGUUCCAGGGGCAUGGCUGGUGGAUAUGAUUCCAGCACUGAAGUACAUCCCUGAGUGGGCUCCCGGGGCCGGUUUCAAAAAGACCGCCAACUACUAUCUUCAAACCCUCAGGAAACUGACCGACGACCCCUUGAAGUUCACGAAGUACCAAAUGAGCAAGAAAUCUCACCAGCCAUCAUUCGUAUCAGAGUUGCUGAGUCAGGGAGAGAGUGAGGAUAUUACGAAAUGGGCAGCCGCGGCACUAUAUGGUGGCGGAGCAGAUACAACGGUUUCCGCUUUAGAGGGACUUUUCCUUGCAAUGAUGUUAUUCCCAGACGUUCAGCGCAAGGCACAGGAAGAACUUGACCGCGUAUUCGGUGGACCGGCUUUGCCCACAGUUGAGGACCGGGCAAGACUACCUUAUAUCAAUGCUAUUGUCAAAGAAGCCCUGCGCUGGCACGUUGUCGCACCACUUGGAGUUCCCCAUAGAACUGACGAAGAUGAUGUCGUUGAUGGCUUCUUGAUUCCGAAGAAUGCUCUUUUGCUGCCUAAUAUCUGGUCUUUCAAUCAUGACCCCGCAGUUUAUCCCAACCCAAUGGAGUUCCGGCCUGAACGGUAUCUCCCAGAAGAAGGACAGGAUGCUCAGCCUGAUCCACAUGAUACAAGCUUCGGUUAUGGACGCCGACUCUGCCCAGGCCGCAUCGUUGCCGACACGUCUCUGUAUUUGACGAUUGUAAGCACACUGGCCACCUUCAAUAUUACCAAGCCAAUUGGGGAAGAUGGUCAGGAAAUCGAGCCGCCUGUGGAUUUCACUCCAGGAAUUAUUAGCCACCCGGUGCCUUAUGCGUGCUCCUUUACUCCACGGAGUGAGAAACACAAGGCAUUGAUUUUGGACUUUGAGCGCGAAACUCCGUUCGAGAACAGCGAUGCUGAGGCUUUGAGCGAGGCGCUAAAAUGCAUGUAG